UGCUGUGGUGGUGGUGGGGGGUGGGUGUGAGCACCGGGAAAGGACGGGCGUCGAAGCUUCUGUUCUCCCCCCGAGUCGAUGGUUGUGAAACGGUCCCGUUCCCGGAAGAUUAAUGUAGUACAGGACCUGCCAGUGGUGUUGACUUGGGGCAGACUGUGCUGGUGCUUGAAACGGAAUUGGCCCACGCCAUGCCCGGUGGACGGCGGGGCCCAAGUCGGCAGCAGUUGAGCCGUUCAGCAUUACCUUCCAUACAGACCAUUGUGGGUGGGAGCUGUGGGAAUGGGACCGGGCUGAGAAACAGGAAUGGUAGUGCCAUUGGUCUGUCUGCCCCUCCCAUCACUGCCCUGAUUACCCCGGAACCUGUCCGCCACUGCCGCAUUCCUGACCUUCCUGUGGACGGAUGUCUUGUGUUUGAGCUCCUGUUUUUUGUUUACCUGCUGAUGGCUCUGUUUGUUCAAUACAUUAACAUCUACAAAACAGUGUGGUGGUUUCCAUACAGUCACCCUGCUGCUACUACCUCACUGAACUUCCAUCUGAUUGAUUAUCACUUAGCAGCAUUUAUUACUAUAAUGCUGGCCCGAAGACUGGUGUGGACCCUCAUUUCAGAGGCCUCUCAAACUAGUUCAACAAAUGUAGUCCGCUACACUAUGUUGAUAGUGGCUCGCCUGGUACUCCUCACAUUGUGUGGUUGGGUUCUGUGCUGGACGUUGGUCAAUCUCUUUAGAAAUCAUUCUGUAUUAAAUCUCCUAUUCCUCGGGUACCCAUUUGGAGUUUAUGUGCCGCUGUGUUGUUUCCAUCAGGAAAACCGGACUCAACCUUUGCCAGCGGAAUGUGGCUUCCUCUUAAAUGAGCAGCUGGAAGCUGCCGUGGUCAGGCCAAAGGACUUCUUCACACUCCUCAGAGAAUCAUUCAAAGAACAGUUCAAUAAUCCCACUUCCAUUCCUUCUCACACCUGCCCGCUCUCGCCAGACCUAAUUCGAAAUGAAGUUGAAUGUCUGAAAGCAGAUUUUAAUAAAAGGAUAAAAGAAGUUCUAUUCAAUUCACUGUUUAGUGCCUACUAUGUAGCAUUUUUGCCGCUUUGUUUUGUUAAGAGCACGCAGUACUAUGACAUGCGGUGGUCUUGUGAGCAUCUCAUUAUGGUGUGGAUAAAUGCCUUUGUGAUGUUGAUGAGCCAACUGCUGCCACCCAGGUACUGUGACCUCCUCCAUAAAUCAGCUGCUCAUCUGGGCAAGUGGCAAAAGAUGGAACAUGGUUCAUACAGUAACACACCACAACACAUAUGGUCCGAAACAACAAUUUGGCCACAGGGUGUGUUGGUACGACACAAUCGAUGCCUUUACAAAGCUGUAGGGCCUUACAAUGUAGCAGUGCCUUCUGAUGUUUCACAUGCCAGAUUUUAUUUUUUAUUUCACAAGCCAUUACGGAUCUUGAAUCUCCUCAUCCUUAUAGAAGGCAGCGUGGUGCUGUAUCAGCUUUACUCUCUGCUCCGAUCAGAAAAAUGGAACCACAUACUUUCCUUGGCUUUGAUACUGUUUUGUAAUUACUAUGUCUUAUUUAAACUUCUAAGGGACCGGAUAGUUCUGGGAAAAGCAUAUGCUUAUCCUCUGGGCACCAUUGGACUAAAGUCUCAUUAGCUAGUCUUAAAAGGGGGGGAGGGGGGAAAAAAGGAUUUAAAAAAUUAUUUUGAUACGGUUUCUAUUUUUCAUGCAGUGUUUAAAUAUUUAAAAUAUUUUAUAUUUUGUAUACUUAAAUUUUGAAGAGCUACUGUUUGCAAAAGCAAGUUGUAUUUUUCGUCUACUUAGCUACUUCGCGAGCUGAGAAUGUGCGCUUUGCUCCAUACGCCAAGUGCCAUUUAUAAUCGCAAUAAUCAACACGUGUAGUAUUGAUCGAAGAAAUAAAGGAUGACGAUAUGAAAAGUUUAUUUUUCUUUGCUUUAUGUUGUCACCUUGAAUGAAGGGGUCGUUUUUAGGCUGUUGGUUUAAACAUUUACAUGAAUGGAACUACUUCAUGUUCAUAGUAAAUGGUCACAUUUACUGCUAAAUGUUUAAAUGUGUAAACUUGUUUUAAUAAAUGGGGGUUUACAAGAUGGUGUCUGUGAAAAAAGCCCAUUCUGAAUAAAUUUUUUGUUGUAUUGUUUACAUGACCCCACUUCCCCCAUAAAAUAAAUAAAAAUGAACAUCCCUGAUUUGCCUUUUUAAGUGUUUAGUCAUGACAUUUAUUUUGUUUGUAUGUAUUUGUAAAGGUGAAAAAGGAACUAGUAUUAAAUUAUCUAUCA